GACUAACCUGCAUUUUAUAACCAGUUUGUCCGCUGCCCCUGCUGCCUUGCAUUUUAUUGCGAAGAAGUCAAUUUAUAAAGUCGAUUGCUGAAACCGGAAUAGAGCUUCAUUGCUGAUCUUGACCAUGCCUGUCAGCGCGUUUUCAGCACGUCUUGUGACAGCGGUGGCCGAUCAUGUUCGUUUCUUUGCAGCAGUUUGGCUAUCGGUUCGAUGGGCUACUGGCAGUGCCUCCGAGGAUGGCCACCUGACGAUGGUACCCUGGAAGACGGGCAUCAUGUGUGCCGGUCUUGUAACUACCCAUACUAUCAUGGAAAUGUUUUAUGGGUUGGUUCUUCUAGGUCCUGAAUCACUUGCAUCUGUCAAGCGACAACAGGUUGCAAUGGAUAUUCAAAACAAAGCAUUGAUGACAUCUCUUGUUGGUCUCAUUUUGCAUUUGGCAAUCUUGGCUGCCGGAUUGUCCUAUUGGGGGGUCUUCGGUCCUGUCUUUGUUUCGGAAAGCUCGACCACCGGUACCUGGAUGGAUGAUUUGGAGGUCUGGAUGAUGGCUCUAGUGCAACCGUACGCCGAGUUUUGGGCCAUUUGCGUUCUCAAGGACUGUUUCAGCAUGAACAUUCUACACCGAAAGAUGCACAACAAGAAUCAUCAAUUUCUCCAUUCAAUCCACGAGCUGCAUCAUAACUACGCCAUCAAUUUGAACAACAUUAAUGGAAGCCAGAUCGACCCACUCGAUUUGUUCCUAGAAAACAGCAUUGGUCCAUUCUUGUUGGUCUGUGCAAAGUGGGCCUUGGGAUUGACACCACAGGUUUCGUUUCUGGCCUUCUACACCCUCGUAUCCAGUGAAGGCAGUACUCAUUCCUUGAAUCCAUACUCUGUUUGUUACUACUUCCCUCCGCGGAUGCCAUCCUCAAGGGAAAUAUUGGACACAAUCUACAUCAUGCCAAACCGCAUACUAAUUUCACUGCGCAUCCAUGGCAUCAUCUCUGGAAAGGAUACCAAAAAGACGUGGAUACCUACAACCAUGUCAUGAAGACGCAAGUCCAGCUUUGAGCCAGCAAAAGAGCGAAAACAGCACGAAAAGACGAGGCGGUGCACAACUGUUUUGCAGUACCGGUAGGCACCACUAUGCACGGUCACUUUCCGUACACUUAGCUAGCAAACUUUUCUCUCGCAGCCGCUUCGUUUGCUGGCCGUUCAUCCUAUCCUGUCAUUGCCCACCACUAAAGCUAGCUAGCUACACGAAGUUGCUCAAAUCAUUCUAUGUUGUGGAUUAUAAAUUAUAAGUUGGUUUGUAAGUUGGUUCAUAUGAAGCGUAACUGUCAAGCUACUCCCCACUAACAUUCAACCUCGGUUGGGUCGAUGUCAUCAGUGUCGACUUCCUUGGGGCCUUGCUGCAUUGGUGUUGGUGCUGGCUCUGCAUAGAGUUCUUGGAUGUUUAGAUGGAGCUUUCGGGUGCUUGACUGCGUAUGGGGCUUCUUGGUACUUGGUGGUUCUGUUUUGAGCAUCGUGUUGCUUGGGUGAGAUGGAAGCUUUUCUUGUGAUUCAGGAAGUGAUUUCUUUGAGUGGGAGAUGUUGUAUUGGCACAAGAACUUAUCAGUGUCUCCAUAGAACUUGAACUUGGUCUGGGUCUGCUUGAGAGCUUUGGCCAGGGUGCAGAACAGAUACUUCAAUAUCUCAAUCACCUCCUCAUCACUCAAAUCUUUGUGAGACGAGUUCAACUCACCAUUGACCUUCACGUCAAAGCUGCUCAUAAGGGUCUCCUCAGUGUUGGUAAUGCCCACGUGGGGUUUAUUUUGGGUCAUGCGCCUCAUGGCCCACUUCUUCCAGACCGUGAUGAUGGCGGUGCGGCUGCAGACUUUGCUUAGGUCAUAACCCACUUGGGGCUUGAGGCAGAUGAAUCCACUAAAGCGGCGGACGGAGAAGUCAGUGUGGGAUUCUUGGAAGGGAGACAUCUUGAUCUUGGUGGUGCUGUUGUGUGUCUCUGUGCUCUGUGCUCUCUGCAACCAAGUUGGCUAAAAACCAUGGUGGUACCAGACUGAUCACGAGACGACUGAUGAGGUUUGGAGUAAGACCGACAUGCACUGUCGGGCCAGCUUACCAGUCAAUCCAUUCCGUAGAUAAUUUCCCUACUCUAAACCCCCUUAUAUUGUCAAUCCAGUCACAGUAUCAUACAUACUGUACUGU